AGUGAGUAAAAGCCCAGAUUAGUGGACGUCGUCUGCAAACGGGAGUAGAAAUCGUCUGUCGGUCGGAUUCGCCGUGUGCCGGAAUUUUCGUCAGGUGUUAAUAAUUUAUGCUGGAAACAAGUUUGGUACGGUUUUGGUGAUGCUACUACUAAAGACGACAACGUGUGGUUUAUCCGAGCAACGUGUCGCGGCCGUCAUUCGAUAAGCAGUGAUUCGGAAAUUCGGACGUGCCAAAAUUGAAGUCGCCUGCGGGGAAGUGAAUGCAAGUGCAAUAUCGCUCCAUGGUGUGGAGAAAGAAAGUUAACACACACGAUUGAAGUUUAAACCAAGAAGACGUGAACGAGAAGUGCAGUUUGUGAUGUAAAUAAAAGAAAAGAAACGCGUAUUGGUGGUAAAAAGUUUGGAAAUAGCAGUACUGAACAACAUUGAACUAGUGCAAAUAAAGACACAACCGACAAUCGGCCCCGCACGGUAUAAGGAAAGGAAUUUUCACUUUUUGUCUUCGCACAACGUUUCUUGUAUGCGAGCCCUGUAGGCCUAUAGGCAGACGGUAGCAAAUCCAUCAGCAGCGUUUACGGACCCCAGUAUCAAACAGUCAUCAGCCCAACAUAGUCAUUCUCCGCUAAGGCAACGUGUUAGUUCGCGCGCGCGCACUUGCGGAUCUGUUCCACUUUCACACAGCGACGAACCCUGAACUGAACUGAUCGCCCAAAGCUGAACUUACUCCCUCGUCGUCGCUGAAAAAGGCAGAUUAGGAACCGUUGGCGAAAAUGUCCCUGAGCCGUAUCUGCUGUCUGCAGGCCCAUCUACGGAAUGCCAGCAAAACUAGUAGCGCCGUACUGGGAUCGGCGAUGCCUCGUUAUCGACCCUCGACGGUGAUCAACCUGCGCACAAUCAGUUCCAGUUCGUUGGUUCGCGACAAACAAGCGACGGUCACGACGGCCAAACCCGUCCAAAAACAGCACGAUUGGAACCGGGCCGUGAGUGAGGCGGAAAAGAUUGUCGGCUAUCCGACGUCCUUCCUGAGCCUGCGAUGGCUGCUGAGCGACGAGAUUGCCAAUGUGGCACUGCAUCUGCGGAAGCUGGUCGGCAGUAAUCAUCCGCUGUUGAAGACGGCCAAAAUUCUCAUCUACAAUGGCAAAAACAACAUGCAAGCGUGGGGCCUUAUCGUUCUACUCAUCUCGAAAGCCGUUGGACAUGCCCCCUCGGUUCCCGAUCUGGAACAGGAUAAAAGUGCCGGCGUGCUGCACUCACAACGUGCCCUGGCAGAAGUGACCGAAAUGAUUCGCACCUCGUCGCUCGUUCAUCAGGGUCUGGUCAAUUUGCAACCGCUGGCCAAUGCCGGAAAUGAACUCAGCGGCGAUAGUGAAAUGAUUUUCGGCAACAAAAUUGCACUGCUGAGUGGAGAUUAUUUGCUGGGAAAUGCCUGUUUGCAGUUGGCUGGACUGAAGAAUCAGGAGCUGAUUGAACUGAUUUCGUCUUCUGUGCGAGAUUUAGCGGAAUCGAAUUUUGUAGGCGAUCGAGAUAUGCAGAACAAUCCACUGCCAUCGAAGCCGGAACCAGGGGCAACUAGUUCGUCGGAUUCGCUGAGCGAUGAGGAUCUAGGAUUCGGUGAUCUAGAGGACAAUACACAACCCUUGAACAUCAAGGACGUGUUGGGUAAUCCGGAGAAGGAAUGGUCCCUUAGGCACAUCCUUUCUGCUGGCAGCCUGCUGGGUAAAAGCUGUCAGGGUGCUCUGAUCCUGGCUGGACAACCGGUGAAGCUGCAAAAGCAAGCGUAUCUGUUUGGAAAGCACCUCUCGCUAGCAUGGCAGGCUUGUAUCGAUAUGGAACCGUUCAGCAGUCCCAAUCUUACGCCAGGUGGUCGCUUCAGUCUCAUCUCGGCCCCGGUACUCUUCCACCUGGAGCACGAUCCAACGCUCUACGAGGAAAUCAAAAAGGGACGCGAAUCGGUGGACAACAUCGACUACGCCAAGAUUCACAGUGAAGUCAUCAAGGGACCAGGGCUGGAAAAGACGCGCAAUCUUCAGAAGAAGCACAGCCUGGCGGCGAUGGCGGUGCUAAAUGAAUUGCCUCCAUCCGAUGCCCGGACCGCGCUUCAGAACAUCAUCCUGGCGAUGCAGGACUUGUAAUAGCAAAAUUACUAAAUUAUCUGUUAGAAAAAAAAGACACACACGAAGCGAAUACUCUUCUUCAGUUUUCUUUUAGCAGCUAGGAAAGAAGAUGUGCGAAGAUGAAAAAAAAACGAAAAAUUACCAUUCCGUCCAGUGAGAAGAAAAUCAUUUGAUUGUUAGGACACUUUACUGAUUGAACGGUAUGCUGGCUGUUGGUCCCAGUAAAACCAAGAGCGGAGACGAUUUGGACGUUUCUAUGCUAAUUACUCUUACAACAAAAUAGGCAAUAUUAAAUAGUAGGACGUAGGGUUAAGUGGUGAUUGUGUUUGAUCCGUAUUCAGAAUAAUAUAUUUAUAACUGUUGACUUUUGUAGAAAAUGAA